AUGUCAUUCUUUACCACUUUUCUCUUCAUCAUCUUCCAUAUAACUGCAUUAUUCGCCUUACCCAACCCGGUCCAAACCGAGGUCCUUUCAGUACCGCCGGCGACUAUCCCGGCCUUCCCAGAACAAUCAGACAUCUCUGGUUGCCCAUUGGACCUCCCUGACCAGCUCUUCCACGGUAUAAAAUCCGCUUGUGGCUCAAAUACCCACCAUCGACCCGACACGGAUCAGCUCCAUCGGACUCGCUGCUGCCCGGUUCUCGCGGCAUGGCUCUACUCCGCCUAUUCGAGCACCGCAUUGCAAGCGUACGUUACAAAAUUACCGCUACAAACGGCGUCGUACGACAUGCCGCUCCUGCCCGAUGACUCCGAGACCUGUGCCGACACUCUUGAAAAGGCUUUGGGAAGCAGAGGCAUUGAAUUGAGGAAGCCUAAUGAGACUUGUGAUGUAUUGUACUGCUAUUGUGGCAUUAGAUUGCAUCCAUUCACCUGCCCAGAAGCAUUUUAUGUGAAUUCGCGCGGCAAAUUGGUGGGUAGUGAGAAUGUGAAGAAAUUGGAGAAGGAUUGCUUCAGUAAUAGCAUUAAUGGGUACGCGGGGCUCGCAGGCUGCUCCAAAUGCUUGAACAGUCUUCAUUCGCUCAAAGAGGAUAAAGCUGGUCGUACAAACAUAUCCGACGAGAGGACAAGCAAAAUGCAGAACCGGGAUUGUGAGCUUAUGGGUCUCACAUGGCUUCUUAACAAGAACCGAACUGCUUAUAUACAUACGGUGUCUGCUGUUCUUCGGGCUCUCAUGACCAGCACUCUAGAUGCUUCUGAUCCACAGUUAUGCUUUCUAAACAGUGAUGGCAUGCCCCUAGCAGUUGAUUCUUCGGAAAUCAAUGAUCAAAAUUCGUCAACUAUCCCAACAAUCUCUCUUUUCCACUACCUCCUAUUGCUUUCUUUGUUGUAUUUGAGCAUCCUCGUGUCAUUUACUAGGUAUUAG